CCCAUUUCCAGGCCUCCAACCUCCCCCUCUUCGUCGCCGUUCGCUUGAUGUGCCGACCGGGCCCCCGGGGACAGUCUCCGUGCAGCCGCCCAGCAGGCGGCCGCCCCCAGCGGGCUGCCCCGCGGGCGCGCAUGGCGGCGGAGGGCAAGUUCUUCGGGGCCAGCAAGUUCGACCCCAGGCUGAUCUCCACGCAGAUCGUUGUCAUGCAGGCCGCCUUCUGGUUCUGCUUUGCCGGGGUCUAUUCCAUUGCCAACUGGAUCAUCGGCGCGCCUCAGUCUCUGUCGCAGAUGUUUGUGGGCAAGGGCUACACGUGGGCAACAACACCUGGGUUGGCACUCGCGUGCUCCCUCUGGGCGACCACGUUUGCAAUGGUGGCCGCCCUUCGCAUCGUGGUUGAGCGCGCGAAGAAGUGCCUGGACUUUGUCGCCACGUACCACAUAUUUCACCUUGUCGCCACGUGCUUCGUCUCGGGGUUUCCUUCGGAGCUCCACUGGUGGGUCAUCCACGCAGCAGCCCUCAUUGUCGCCGUUGUCGUCGGAGAGUACGUGUGCAUGCUCGGGGAUAUCGACGGCGCGCUGAAGUGGGCGGGGCGGGGGCGGGGGCUGGCACCCCGAGAGGGCACCCCGGCCCUUCGAAGUCUCCCUGCCCUCUCACAGGCCGUCUCAGAAGCCUCUUGAGGAGGGGCCGCUCGCUCCCAAGAGACCCCCCUGCCUUCUCAGAGCCCCGCUGCCCCAGUGCUUGCCCCCCCUCGGGGCGCGCCGCCGAGGAGACCAAGGCGAUCAAGAUGGGCUCGAAGGUGUCCAAGGCGCCGGCCAAAAGGGCGCGCCGGCCCCUGCAGCAGGUGUAGCCUUGCUCACAGCCGCGGGAGUCCCCCUGCUGGAUCAGCGCUCGAGGGCUGGCGGAUGGCGACGGAGCCGAGUGUGUCCAGGACGGCCAAGAUGCCCUCGCUCCCGUGCAGCAGGUGAAGCCCAGAACGGCCGCCGACGGCUCCUGCUGAAGUGGGGCUGGUAGGGGGUUGAGGGAUGUGUGUGUGUGUGUACGGUCACGCGAGGACUUUGAGCUCCCUCCCCCCUCCCCUUCGCAGCCUCCCCCUACUUCCCGUCCUAUCCCUUCCCGCUCCGCCCCAGGCCAGUAGGGCGCUGUGCUGCGCAUCGGUGCGGAUAGACCGUUCUACUGGCGCGUCGACCGCGCUGGGCGGAA